AUGGCAAGCGCAGAGUCUUAUUCUGAAGAUGUAAAGCUGCGCGAAAAUCCGGUCGAGACGGACGUCAAGGUGCUCUCUCCUUUCCAUCAGCUCGACGCCUUCAAUCCUACUAUAUGCGUUAUCUGCCUCGAACGAACACUCGACGAAGCAAGCGCAAUUCCAUGUAGACACGAUCAAUUUCACUUUUCAUGUCUCGGAACCUGGCUUCAGCAAAGCAGGGCUUGUCCUUUGUGCAAAGGCGAAGUGAAAGCUAUCGCUUACCAGGAAGUGGGCAGUUCGCAGAAGGUCUACUAUUUGGCCGAACUAGCUACUCGCCCGUCACAGUCGAACCCAGCAUUGCGGCGUGGAUGGAGCCGUCGGGGUCCCCAGCGUCGGUCUUCAUUCGCUGAUGGUCGGGUCAAUCGUGUGCUAGAUACGACACUCACUUUCCGCAAACGCGUUUAUGACCAACAGAUGUACUCCUCAUACAUCGGAUCAAACAGGUUCAGCAAGUAUCGCAACGUGACACCCGAGUCUUUCCACACCGAUAGCACCCUUAUACCCAAAGCAAAGGCAUGGAUCCGGCGAGAAUUGGCUGUUUUCGAUUUCCUACGGCCUACUUCGCCCGCGUUCGGCCGUCUCGACCGACGUGCUACAAACGCAGAAUACUUGCUGGAAUACAUUGUAGCCAUAUUGAAGUCCAACUUUGGUGGUGGCAUCUUUGGCAACAUAAACAGGCCCGAGAGGUGGCAUCUCAGCGAAGAGGAUAUUCAGAACGAUCUCUCCAAAACCAGACCGCAGUGGAUACUUUCGGCUUAUGGUCCUGGCAAAGAGACUCCUGCGGCUCUCUUCGUUGACAACGAAUACAGUCCCGAAGAAGUCAGAUUACGUUUCUACAAUUCUCAAGCGACAGGUCAAGGGACGGCCGCUGCCGAUCAAGAAGCUGUUCAAGUAUGGCAAAAAGCCACAAACGAUAUCGAUACUGUUUUGACGAAUGUCAAGGAUGUCCAAAAUUUUAUGGAGCAGAAGGAGAAGGAACGUCCUAACAGGUAUGAUUACUGCAAAUUUGAUGGCACGACUUCGUUAGACGAGUUUAUCAAGAAGACCGAAUUCAACACGCAACCAGGAUCUUCGCUCAACCCUUGGGGAGGCGCAGUGCGUGCUACGCCUACCACAAACCCGUUCUCAAAGACACCUGCAUUUGGGCAGUCUGCCUCUCCUUUUGGCCAAGUGUCUCAAUCUUCAGGCUUUGGGCAAACAGCACAACCUUCGACAUUCGGACAGUCAACUCCGAUAUCUGCCUUUGGCAAAGUAGGGUUUGGUCAAAGCAACACACCAAACUUUGGACAGAACGCAUUUUCUCCACCACAAACAAACCAGCCUGCGACCAUUUCUGCCUUCGGACAGACAUCUAGUCUAGGCCAGAACAGCUCUUCAAGCCCUUUUGUCAAACCUUCCGCGUCAGCUUUCAGUGGCAAGCCUCCUCUGUCGUCAGGCUUUGAAACCCAAACGGCGGGAGCUUCCCCUUUCAGCAGUACAGGUAUGUCUGGAACAACCUCGAACGCUUCACCCUUCAGCAGUGCUGCACCUACAACAAAUGCUACGUCGCCCUUCAGUAGCAACAACAACAACGCCUCGCCUUUCGGCGGCAACAACAAACCAUCUCCAUUUGGCGGAAAUAACAACGCAUCACCAUUCGGUGGCAACAAUACGUCGAGUCCGCAGUUUGGCCGUUCGGGUUUUGGGCAACAACAACAACUAUCAGCUCCGGCGUUCGGACGACCCUCGCAGCCUCAACAGCAACCGCAAGCUUCUCCUUUCGGCCAAAUAUCACAAUCACAAGCGACACCUAUGUCUGCACCAUUUGGUCAACAGGCCCAGCAACCCGGUUUUGGUCAGAGUCCAUUUGGUACCCAGCAGCAAUCACAGAAUCAGUCUCCAUUUGGGACUUCGAUACCUAGCCAAGCAUCGCAGCCGCAACAAGGGCAGAACCCAUCGCCAUUUGGCCAAACUAUUCCAGCUCAGAAUCCUUUCGGUGGUGUACAGAACGGGUCCAUGUCUGAAGCACCACCAAGCACCGUAUCGCAGGCAGGUUCAGUGGCGCAGUCUUCCGCAUCCAAACCAACAGGAAAGCCUGUGCAGCCACUACAUUACUCUCAAACACUUCCGAACAUUCCACCUCAAUUUCGACCGGACGGCAAGCUUUCCACAUAUCGCGGACGUCCUGUGCAGUACGAUCAGAGAUUUCGUCCGACUAUCGAAGGUGAGGAAGUACUUGACGCGGAGCUACCCAUAUAUCCACGGCCUGACGGCAAAGGCCUCGAGCGCGUAUGGUUUCCUCAAGGUGCAGCAGAAGCAUCUGUUCAACGUCUGGUAAGAGCAUUGCUGGACAUUUCCCUUCCAGACGACCAGCUCUCAGACACAGAUAAAGCAGAGUACGCACGAUUCUUCGAGACUGGUAGAUUUGAGGCUGGCAGAGUGCCUCUUGUCCCGCCACUAAGAGGCUGGAUUGAUUAUGACUUUUAG